CUGGAGCUGCUUCCUCGGCUCUUGUGCCAGGUGCCACAGCCGCCCGCCAGGUGCCCGCCAGCCGCCAGAGCAUCAGUUGUCACAGGUCAACAGUCGUUUGCAUCGCCAUUUCUUCUUACCUUUUGCCUUUCUUCUCCUUUACAUUGCCGUCGCGACACUCUACAGUUUGGAAAAAGACGACAAAGGCUUCCUGGUCUUUGUUUUUGGAUAUUUAUUAGCUGUUUCUCCGUGCACCAGACUACCGAUAUGCUUACAUCCUCAUAACCGCAUUUUUUCAAUCGUUCGUCUGCGCUGCUUCCGGCUAACAAUCUCCAACGCCAGCUUUUUUCAUGGCGGCCGUGGUACGUCUCUAUUUUGCUCUUGUUUGCCAAUGAUAUUCUCUUGCACCAUAUUCUGUAACCUCGGAUAUUCUCCUUUUUUUGGCGCCGUUGGGCCAUGCCGCGCUUGUUGGCGCUGACGUGGUGAUGUCACCUACGCCUGGUCACCGACAAACAAGACAAGUCACGCGCCCAUAACUCUCCUCCCUGCCCUUGGACUUUCCACAACAGAACCCUUUCCAACAUACCUUGUUUCAACAUACAAGAACCCUACAAACUUCACAAUCAAGCCAAAACCGAGAAAAAUGGCAAGCUAAUAGACCGGAAUCGUGCAGGACAUUCCCCUCUUCGUCGCCGACCCGAUGGCUUCUACUCGAGACGAUGCCUCGAUCGCCGGCUCGAGCGUAAACGCCCCGAAUGGCGCGACAGGCGCGGCAAUUCCUUCAACAUUUGCCGCCUUCUCGCCAGUAACACUAUCUGCGAGCACUCCGUCCCGAUCCGCUCGACGAUCGACCGUCCUCGUUCACCAAAAGAGCCCGCUGUUGCUGGCCACACCGCCGCAAAUUACACGCGCCCUUGCCUAUAGCCAUCCGUUCCUUUUGCCGCUUAAUACCUUUGUUGGGCUGUUGACUUGGAGCUCUGGUGAUCCGUGGCAAAGCUUUCUUCUGCUGUCUGCGUUCUGGAUGGCGGUUCUCUAUGGCGAUGUAAUCGUGAUCCGCGCUGGACCCGUUGCAGUCGGCGCAGGCCUGAUUAUUGCCAUGUACGGACGCCGAUAUAGUCCUCUGAGCAGUAGCAGCUGGUCUGGUGCAUUUGGCAACCCCAAGUUGAAACAGCGCUCGUCAUCGACAACCACAGCUUCCCUCACCAGCACUCAUAGUAUUGGAGUGGAGGAACCAGGUCGGCAAACACCAUCACAUAAGCGAAACAAGUCGGAAGUGACUGCUACUAAGCACCAGAAGACACUUGAUGAGAUUGUUGAAACUUUGAAAGAGUUUACCAGUCGCUGUAAUAUCUUGAUGGAUCCUCUUUUGGAAAUGACCGACUUCCUCAGCACUCAGCAAACAGCCACCAGCGCUACAACUCGCCCUGCUCUCAUUGCUAUAUUUAUGAGAUUCAUGAUUGUCACGCCGUUCUGGUAUGCGCUUACCUUCCCACCUUUCAAGGUUAUCACAACAAAGCGUGUGAUCCUCAUCAUUGGUACCAUCAUACUUAGUUGGCACGCUCGACCUAUGCGCGUCACGCGAACUCUCCUCUGGCGCAGCACUACCGUUCGACGACUGGCAGGUAUUGUUACCGGCUUACAGUUUGACGGGCCCGGCCGGAAUGCUGCGGCCUUGCAGCUUGAAAAAGCCAGACAGGCUGAGCUUGGCCACAAGCGGAGCGGAUCGAAGGCUGGCCGCCCUGCUGGUGUCAAGUUUACCUUUAUUAUUUAUGAAAAUCAAAGACGGUGGAUCGGCCUUGGCUGGACUCCUAGUCUAUUUGCGUAUGAGCGUGCUGCAUGGACUGAUGAGCACAACAACGCUGUCCCUGCGAGAGACGACUUCCAGCUCCCCAAUGUGGAGGAUGGAAGUAAGAUGAAAUGGGAAUGGGCCGAAACCAGCCGUUGGAGAGUCGAUGGUGUUCCUGAUGAACACGGGCCUGUUGAGUAUGAUGGUGAAGAAGGCCGCAAUGGCUGGAUCUACUAUGAUAACAAGUGGCAGUAUGGAAGACGUGGUCAAGAUGGCUGGGCCAAAUGGACGCGCCGUCGCAAGUGGUACCGUGAUGCAGAGCUGGUCGAGAUGGACGAAGAUGAGGACGAGCCCUCUUUCUAUGGCAAUAGUUAUGCCACUGCCGUCGACGCAAAGGCUACUAUUCCAGAGAUUGUCACAUCUGACGCUGAUAAUGCGAGUGUCAAGACUCAUGACGAUUCUGCGUCUGUUCAUUCAACCUCGUCACGCUCCUUUUGGCCACUAAGACGCAGAACGACAGACAGAUCCAGCUUGGACAAGAGCAGAGAUGUAAAGCCACCAAAUGACGUGCAAAGCGAUACCACAUCUAUCCAUACGAUUGAUGAUGAUGCUGCCUCGUUGAACCUCGAAGCACAGAUGGCCAUGCAAAAGCAAGGUCAAUGGGGAAUUGGAGACGAAGCCAGAAUGGGCCUGGAAUAACAGGGUGUACUAGUCGCAUAUGUAUUUUAUAAGCCAUUGUAGUCUACGCGGCACAGAUCGUCCGAGUACCUACCUAAUUGAAAACAAAACGAUUAAAUCUGACCCUCGCCGCUGUUUUAUCUUCCGAGUUCUAUUUUCUGCUUCACGUCGGGGCAAUGUUUCUUCCACGCAUGCCUAAGGAGCCAGACAACAGCCCAACAUGUUUUGUUUGGUAGGCGGGAUGAGUCACUUGCACAGCAUGUGGAAGGACACAAAAAGAUUCAAAAUUAAUUUUUUUUUGGUGGUUAAAACAACAAAUAAUUAAACAAGGAAUUAUACGAAGAGUACAAAAUUUAACAAAUACUUUGCUUAUUUAUUCUGGUUGACUUCCAUUUGUGACUAAAGUUUGUUCUUGUUAGCUCUCCCGGGUUGAAGA